AUGGAAACAAAACAGACUCGCAUCCAUGCAGUGCAGCAGGCCAGCUUUCUGCUGAGGGCAGCUCUGCUCUCUGUCCUGCUGUGUGGCCCACAGCACGUGGCGUCAGACUCAGAUGAGGCGGUCCUGACCGAGUGGGAGAUCUGGAAGAGCAGCCAUGGCAUAUCCUACGAUGACAUGGACGACAUGCAAAGGAAGGCCAUCUGGGAGCAGAACAAACGGAUGAUUGAACAGAAUAAUCAAGGGUUUUUCAUGGGGAUGAGGCCGUUCACCAUGAGCAUGAAUAAAUAUGGAGACCUGACGAGACAAGAAUACCAGGUUUUGCAAGGUGCGAUGAUUAAUGCCCAGUUCGUGAAGCGAGGGAAGGCUGUCUCUGCCCGAAGGCUGCGUCACAAUGCUCAAAAGUUAGACUCUUUGUUUGUCGACUACAGGAACAUGGGUUACGUUACUGAGGUGAAAGACCAGGGUUACUGUGGCUCAUGCUGGGCCUUCAGCACUACGGGAGCUAUUGAGGGACAAAUAUACAAGAAGACAGGUCAACUUGUAUCUCUUAGUGAACAAAACCUGGUGGACUGCUCCAGAGAUUACGGGACCUAUGGCUGCAAUGGUGCCUGGAUGGCCAACGCCUACAACUACGUGGUCAGCAACGGGCUGCAGGCGACAAACACCUACCCAUACACCUCGGUGGAUACCCAGCCCUGUUACUACGACAGCAGACUUGCAGUUGCUCAUAUCAAAGACUAUAGGUUCAUACCCAAAGGAGAUGAGCAGGCUCUGGCUGAUGCUGUGGCAACUAUCGGUCCAAUCACAGUAGCCAUUGAUGCAGAUCAUUCAAGCUUCCUGUUCUACAGCUCAGGAAUAUACAAUGAGCCCAACUGUAACCCUAACAAUCUGAGUCACGCAGUGCUGCUGGUUGGCUACGGCUCUGAAGGAGGCCAAGACUACUGGAUCAUCAAAAACAGUUGGGGUUCCAGUUGGGGUGAAAGCGGCUACAUGCGAAUGGUCCGAGAUGGCAGAAACACUUGUGGCAUCGCGAGUUAUGCCUUGUACCCUAUUCUAUGAUGAUAAUAAGAUGCCUCAGUCGAGUGUUAAUGAUAAACUCUUCCGCUGGACUGUCAGUGGGUCUCAGAAAACAACAUCAGUCAUUGCUGAUGUAGCCUGUAUCACCUCUACAGCUCUCCUGUCCUAUUAUCUGAACCUUCCGCUGAACCUUACUGACUCUUUUCAGCCUUUUACAGUAAACACAUUACUUCUCUCAUGGACGUAGUAUACAUACUACAAGUUUUAUUGGUGUAACUCAAAAAAUAUGAAAAACCGCAAUUUAAGUCAUUCAAGUGAGACUACGUAACUUUGGACAGAAGUAAUAACACAAUCCUUCACUUACAAAUAAAAAGUUGCAUUUGUAAGUAAUAAAAUACACUACUGUAUUUUAUAUACUA